AUGGCUGCAGAAGUGGGCAUCUUCCCUGAGCUUGCUGUUGCAGUCUGCAACUACUCUCUGAUAGACUCGAUCACCAAAGGUGGCGACGACAUCUUUUGCGUCUGGAGCUCCAACAUGCUCCGCACCAGCUUCCGCCAGUGGCUUGACAAUGGAUUCCAUGGCAUACUUAUCCCAAUGGUCAAACCUGGGCUCGCACCCAGCUUGGCAAGACUGUUUCCGUACAUGUUCGACGAUAGCGCCCGGCAAGUCCGACACAGCGUUCAAGGCACAGAUGCAAGAGGUUCCCAGGAUACCAGCGACCAUGGGGGAGAAUCCUGUGCAUGCCAUGAAACCUUUGUCAACCAAUAUGAUCGAUAUUGGGAGCGAGGAAGUUUCGGAUGA